AUGGCGCCGGCACGAGGCGAUGUGUUGAUUGCUUCUCCUCGCAGACUUCCCAUAGAGUUCCUCUCAUUCAGCGAAUAUCUUGGAAUCAUUCUGGCUGCAAGCUCAGUGGUUGGAGCAUGUCUUGCCAUUGCCAUCGCAGCUGUGUUUUACCUGCAUAAGGACACUCCUAUUGUGAGGGCCAACAACUCAGAGCUGAGCUUCCUGCUGCUCUUCUCGCUCACCCUGUGUUUCCUUUGCUCUCUCACUUUCAUCGGCCAGCCCUCUCAGUGGUCCUGCAUGCUGCGUCACACAGUGUUCGGGGUCACCUUUGUCCUCUGCAUCUCUUGUGUUCUGGGCAAAACGAUAGUGGUGUUGAUGGCCUUCAGGGCUACACUUCCAGGCAGCAAUGUCAUGAAAUGGUUUGGACCUCCACAACAGAGACUCAGUGUUCUUGCAUUCACUUUCGUACAGGUCCUCAUUUGUGUGCUCUGGUUAACAUUAUCCCCUCCUUUCCCCAACAAGAACAUGAAGUACUACAAAGACAAGAUCAUUCUCGAGUGUGACGUGGGCUCAGCCGUGGGCUUCUGGGCUGUGUUGGGCUACAUUGGUCUCCUCUCUCUCAUGUGCUUUGUACUGGCUUUCCUGGCCAGGAAGCUGCCCGACAACUUCAACGAAGCCAAAUUCAUCACAUUCAGCAUGCUCAUAUUCUGUGCGGUGUGGAUCACCUUUAUCCCGGCCUAUGUCAGCUCACCGGGCAAGUUCACUGUAGCUGUUGAGAUCUUUGCUAUAAUAUCCUCCAGUUUAAGUUUGGUCAUGUGUAUAUUUGUUCCUAAAUGUUUUAUUUUACUGUUUAAACCAGAGAAGAACACCAGAAAGCACAUGAUGGAAACUGACACCAGAGGAACCUGUGAUGCACACUGCACAGCGCUGGACACCAGAAGUGGAGGAAAGGCUCCAGGACUCUGCUUCAACUCUGUAGAGUGGGACAGGUUCAGAAACUCAUCCUCCAAUCUGGACAAGUAUGCCACAGUGCUCACGGACUUCAUCCGGUACUGUCACUGCUUCACUGUCUCCAGUGAAGACUUCCAGUCUCACUGUCUCUGUGGCACAAGUGUUCCAUGUCGGCUCGAGGGUGUGGGCAUGGCAGUACGCCCCCAGGAGCGGCCCCUAACACUCGAGGGCGACCAGGGGGACGGCCUCGAGGCCGGGGUGCGGGCCAAUCCGGAUGACUCCUGUGGAAAUCCUGAUACUCGGGGGGAACUGGCACCUGUGGGGCGGAUUCUGAGCUCUCUAUGGACACAGCUCAGCAAGGGGCUGGCCAUCCAGGGCUUUCACUUUGAGACACCUCUCAAUGGGUUUGAAGGGAAUGCUAUGCACCCGAGCAAAGCCAACGUCCAUGAAGCACCCUGCUGCUCCCGAAUCGACUAUGGCUUGAGUCUUUACCUGCCCUGA